GCGCUGCGGAUUAUAAGGCACUGUCGUUUUUGAGAAAAUUAAAGGCUUUUAAGUGCGCCUUAUAGUGCAGAAAAUACAGUAUUGAGAAAUGUGUCCUAGCAACUGUAAAAAACUGUAAGAUGUUCUUAAUUAAUGAACUGGUCUGUGAAAUUACGUAAAACGUCAUACAUAUGAAACCAAGUUUUUUUCAAUCGCUAACAAUUACUUACCCAUACUUCAGAAAUUUUUUCUAAACUCUUAACACAGACUCACACCUACAAGACACAAUUGGCCAAAUUGAUAAUUUUCUUCUCAAAAACACAUUUUGUUAAAUAUAUACUAACUCUUGAUUUCAAAACAGAACAUCUUUCUCUGCACACACUAACUUUACCAAAACACUGGAAAUCUGACUCAAAAUGAAAUUAUUCUGUCAAAGAAUAACAUUUGUUUUCACUUCACAAGAUACAUGCAGUCAAACAAAGUACACCAGGUUUCAAAAUUCUGGCUAUUGUUGACAUUAUAAACAUUGCAUAGACUUUUAUGUUUCAGGUAACAUGCAAUCCACCAUUUACACCAAAUUUAUUGGUUUGGAACUGUAUGCGCACAUGUACAGUAAUGUUCACAUUCAAACGCAUUCCAGUAAAAAGCAAAUCAGUUAUUUAGUUUCUUAACUGUUUACCAAAGAAGGUACAGUAGAAACAGAAUAAUAAAACAGAAAGGUUUAUUUUAUUUUAACAAAAUAUUCAUGAAACACACGAGCAUUCUGAAAAAACAACAACAGCCAAAAGCCCUGAUGACAAGGGGGGAACUAAAAAUGGCAAACAAUGUAUGCAUCUAAUUCCUGCGAUCUUCAGGGUUCGGCCACAUGUUUUCGUCAACAUCACAUCUGACAUCAUCUAAGGCGAUGCACCUGGGAUAAAACCGCUUGGCAUGUCGGAUCCACCCUUGGCAAUCUUGAACUGUGAUGUCCCUGCAGCCAGCAUCCAUGGCUUCAAGGAGGGAAAUCUGGGAUGUCCUGUAACUCCAGACAGAGAAGAGGAGCCUUCUUUGCCAUAGCCACCUCCCUUCUCCUCUCCUCCUCCCGUCCCCACCCCCCUUUUCAGCCCCCUCUCUUCACCUGUUGAGUGUUUUUACCCCCACUUUCUAUCCCUACACGUCCUCCAUCACCUGUGACCAUGACAACCUCAGCCCUUCGCCGGCAGGUGAAGAAUAUCGUGCACAACUAUUCAGAAGCGGAGAUCAAGGUUCGCGAGGCCACCUCAAACGACCCUUGGGGCCCGUCCUCGUCCCUCAUGUCGGAGAUCGCUGACUUGACCUUCAAUGUGGUGGCGUUUGCUGAGGUCAUGGGCAUGGUGUGGAAACGCCUCAACGACAGCGGCAAGAACUGGAGACACGUCUACAAGGCCCUGACUCUGCUGGAUUACCUGCUGAAGACCGGAUCAGAGAGAGUGGCCCAGCAGUGCCGUGAGAACGCCUUCACCAUUCAGACGCUACGGGACUUCCAGCACGUGGACCGUGACGGCAGGGAUCAGGGGGCCAACGUGAGAGAAAAAGCACGGCAACUUGUGUGUCUCCUGCGGGAUGAGGAGCGGCUCCGGCAGGAGAGGAGUCAAGCCCUGAAGACCAAGGAACGAAUGGCCGGGGGAGGCAGUGGAGGGGGCGUGUUCGGAGGUCUUCCUCCGUCUUACCAUCCAGGCAGGCGCACGAGCCAGCCCAGCAUGGCUGUGCUGUACGGGGAGGAGUUCAGCCGCUCCCGAGGCUCUCCGUCCUCCUUCAACUCCUCGUCCUCGUCUCCUCGUGCUGCUUCAGACCUCGAGCAGGCUCGACCACAGACCAGCGGCGAGGAGGAGCUGCAGCUCCAGCUGGCUUUAGCCAUGAGCAGGGAGGAGAGUCAGAAGGAGCAGUGCUGUCGCCAAGGAGACGAGUCUCUGUUACAGAAGGCCCUGGAUGAGAGCCGGAGAGAGAGUCAGUCGGAGAUAGAUGGGUCAACCAUGCUGGACCUGGUUGACAUUUUCGGCACCUCGUCUGAGGUCCCAUGUCAGCCAGGUGACGCUUGGAACUCUGCGCCGUUUGCCGAUGACAUCACCUCUGACCCCUGGGACUCUGUAGCGGUCCACUCCAGCACUCCUGUGACUGGCAGCCCUUGGGCGGCCCCUCCCUCGUCCUCCGAUGCGUCCAAUCCCUGGGCGCCACAUGCUGACUCACGCACAGAUCCCUGGGAAGCAGCGCCAGUCUCCUCCAGUCCUGCCAAUCAUGCGUGGGACAGCCCAACAGAAGGAGGAGGUGAUGGGACAGAUCCGUUUGAUGAUCAGGAAGAGGAGAAUCCCAAACGGGAGAUUGUUCAAGUGUCUUCCCCACAACCUGCCAGUCCCACAGGUAGUUCUACAGAUGCAGAGUUGUUUGGAGUAAAGGCAGAUUCUGACCCAUUUGCUGGAACGGCUUCCAGACCGGAUCCAUUUGGGACAGACGCUGAGGUGAAACCCCUGGUAAAUGGAAGAGAAUCGUCCAGCCCGGAGAUGUUCGACCUGUCCCGGCUAGCACCCCCGCUCAGCGCCCCACCUUCACGCAUGUGUCGAACCCCAGAGGCCUUCCUAGGACCUACGGGGGCCUCGUUGGUCAAUUUAGACGCUCUGAUACCGUCCAACCCCCAGGGGAAGUUGCACAACAACCCCUUCCUCUCAGGUCUGAGUGCUCCGUCUCCUAGCAACCCCUUCCACUGCGAUCAGCCUCGCCUCACCCUCAACCAAAUGCGACCCUCCUCCACAUCGCCUCUGCCCCCCCACAUGCUCUCCUACAGCCCGUCGCUGCCUCUCCCUCUGCCCCACCAGCAUUUCGUCCUCCCCUCGUCUUUCACGCAACCUCCCGCCGGACUCCUGGACCUUCCCUCCAACCUGCCACAGCCCCUGCUCCCCCUUUCUCCUCGUCAUGCGCAGCGCUCCCAGUCACAGACACAGAGCCACAAUCCUUUCCUCUGAGGCCGCCUGCGUCUUCCUGCUCUGCAGGGUCUGCAGAGUUAGACCACAGGACGGAUUCUCCUUGGAUUUAUUUAUGCAGACUACAGCGAGAAUAGUUUAAAUGAGCCGGAACUGGACGUCUUUGUGCGCGCUUCAAGCGGACAAACCUCAGAUCGGACGUAUUUGUGUGUGUCUAAGCCACACCAGCUGCUAUAUACCCUGAUCUCUUGAAGAAAAGUUAACUCUAACACAAACACAUGUACGUACACACACGCGCGCACACACACACACACACAACACACACACGCACACACUCAGGCGCACUUAAGGGUGCAUAGACACAAACAUGCACAGACCACCGAACUAACAGGGUGUAUCUCGACAUCCCCUUUGAUGCCUUUUCCCCAUCAACAGUGAUAACUCCAAGCACCCUUUGAGCACAGAGCCAGAACUGGUCCUUUAGAAGAUCGUGAUGAAGACACUUACUUUGAUUGUCCACCAGGAUUCACAAGGAUCCUUACCGCUGCUGCUUCACCGACAAAAGCAUGAAUGCAUCCCACCCCCGAGACUCCAAACUACUCUAUUCCGAUGAACACCCGAGACUAGUUCCUCAAAUGAAUCCUCUUUUCCUCAUGGGUCAAAUAGUCCCUUAAAGCUUUAUUGGCACAAUUGAAUCACUGUUAGAUUUGAAGCAGUAUUCAGCACUGUGGGAGAGACUCACGUGUUCCUCCCUACAUAAUGAUAUCAUUACAUAAUAGCAGGCUCAUCAGUAACUGGUCCUGGGUUAGAUACUUAUUUGUGAUAGCAGCCCCAAAAGGAUCCUUCAAACUAGACCAAACCAGCUGAGGCCAAACCUCACUAUCUCAAUCUGGGCCUGAAUUUAUUAAGUCAUUGUAACCGAUCUGACCCGUGCGUCCGUCUCCACAGCCGACCACAAAGCAUUCCCUGCUGGUUCAUAUUGCCGCCAUAACGGAGGACCUCAGGGAGACUGUCCCUCCUCCAACUAAAUUCAACCUCGGUAAAUGGAGAGGCAUUGGUCGGCAGAUAAAACAACGGAAAUGGGCAUAAAACUGUGAGCAGACAAAAUACGAGUGAGGAGGAGGGAGGAGUAAAAGAAGUAAGAGGAGAAAUAAGCUAAAACGACUACAGAUGAUUAGUGAUGUGUCAAUGGCUCCUCUGGUUGUUAGGAACAAGGAAUGUAACUAGAGAGAUGUUUGGACAUCACCGCACUGAACCUGAAUGUGAAAUGCCUGCCUAUAGAUACACAGGCCGAGUACAAAUGUAUUUACAGAAUGAUACCUAUAAAGUAUUAUAAAAUAUUAUGCCAAUAAAUGAAUGGUGUUUGAAUUAUAA